AUGGAUUUGAUCAGAGAAUAUUAUUCAAAUUGUAUACACGCAUGUACCCCUGAGAAGUACGUGAUAGAUCAGAGUGAAAUAGAAUUUUCAACAGCGGGAAAAAAUAGUUUAAGACUUAAUGUCAUAGAUUGGUAUUACACAACGGCAGGAAGUUUUAGCACACAAGAGAACUGUACUCGAAAUGUAGCUUUUAACCCAAAUGACAAUGCAUAUAUGAGCAACUUAUAUCGAAAAAGAAAAAGUUACACAAGUUUUGAAGGUAUAAAAGUAAUGGAAAAUUUAUUUUUAUUGAGUGAUCGUGAAAAAAGCAAAGAAACUAUAAAGGAGUGUUCCCAUAAAGCGAAGGAAAAUAAGUACCACCUGUACCGUGACACGAAUAGAAGUAUGAGAAAAGAAAGAAAUAUAUUGAAUCAGACUGAAUCCAUAUAUGUAGAAAAUGCCUUUGACUUAACAUUAACCACAGAUAUUAAUGCUCCAAUAAAUGAAACUCUCUCGUUUAAAAAUACUCACAAAAAGCGAGGACACAAUAAAUGUAGUAAAAGAAAAAAAGAAAAAAAUUGA